AUCUCCAUUAAUUCUCUCAAAUGUAUCUUAAAUCCGUUUUCUUAAAUGAUUAAAGCUGAAGAAACGAGGAACUUUUCUGGAAUAAAAUCUGGAAUUUUCUCGUCAAAAUUAACUGUAGACAUAAUUCUUCGACCUCCUCAAGGAAGGACAAAGACAAAGUUCUGGGUUACGUGCACAGACAAUGUAGUCAAUGUUGUUAUCCUAUCUUUAUUGACAAAACGUUUGACGACAGAGCUCCUUCUUCGACACAUAAAAUGGACACUAAAUAUCAGAGUUGCGCCCUCUGGUGGUCAAAUCGACCACAAACAAAAUAUACAUGAAAUCAUUCAAACAAAAUACUCGGCCGUUUAUGGCCCUUACAGAAACUGAAAGUCUGUUCUUGAAAGUAGAUGUUUUCUUCUUAAUAUAGACUGAGUUGAGGUUUCUAAAACCUUAAAGAUCCCCUGGAGACCUUUAGUGCUUUGAUUUAAAGACACAACUGAUGAACCACCGAAGACCAGAAUCAAAAACCUUCUUCUUCUUCCUGAGCUUCUUCUUCUUGUAGGUGUUGCUCUUCAAGAUGCUCCUCCUAAAGGUUGAGGUGCCUCCGCUCUCACACCUGUGUCUCUGGAAGCAAAAGCUCCGCCCCCGACUCAUUGGAUGGUCGGAGGCGGAGCUUUUCCUCUCAGAGAAAGGACUGAAACAACUCUUUUUUACAAUGUUUUGUACAUCUGUGGAUAAAAGACUCCUCAUUGUGUGAAAAACUUUGUGAAAUGCUCUGACUUUCUGGAGGAAAGCUGUUGGUCGGCUGGUGGACCAGAAGGAGGAGCGGCGAUGGGACGUUGACUGACAGGACGUCCUUCUUGACCUUCAUCUGUCUUUUGGUCCACAGAGCGACACGACCUCCGACAGCCAACCGCUUGCUGAGUCCAGGCGUGUGCGUGUGUGUGUGUGUGUGUGUGUGAGGUCAUGUCGGGCAUGACGAGCGGCGUGUGUGUGGAGAGCGACCUCACCUCCAUGCUCCAGAGAAGCUCCGCCCCCUCUCACCAUCACCCCAACCACCACGGUUACGGCGGACAGGGGCAGGUCUCGAGUCUGGCGCCGAUGCUGGAUUACACGACGGAGAUGGACCGCUACCGCUCCUCCAUCGCCAGCUUCUACAAGACCAACGUCAACAUGAACAUGAACGUUGCAAACUUCCCCCAGUCGGCCAAGCUGGCGGCCCGUUUGGCGGCGGCCACUCCCAUUUUCCCCCCCGCCGCGGCCCGCUUGGGCACCAUGGCGACGGGACCUUGGGGUUGUCAUGAGAACAUGAACAUGAACCACCCGGCGGCCAUGUUUUGGGGUCGCCCAAAACCCGUGGCGACUGCGCCCUCUCACCACCACCACCAUCACCAUCCCUCGGCAGCGCCGGGUCACAUGACCUCCACGCACCACAGUUCCACCGUACACCAGGGCAGCGGCGGCGGGUCUGGGGGAGGGGGAAGUGGAGGGGGCAGUGAGGGGGGAGGGGCUGAAAAACACGGACACACCCCCUCACUUCCUGUGACGCAGGGAGCAGCUCACCAUCACCCCAUGGCCCCCAGCAACGGGAACUUCCUCCCCGCCUACAGCGGCGGCGCAGACUGCGGCGUCAUGAACAAGCAGGGACACGCCGAUAUGAUCGGCCUAUCAGAGGGAGGCAGCUGCAAUGGGGGCGGGGUCAUGGGCGGGGGCUUCUUGGGGGGGCUCGGAUUACCUCCAGGUGUCAUCGUCAUGGCGAUGGGUUCAGCAGGAGGCGGGAUUUCAGACGCCAGUAGCGCCUUCCAGAUGACCAGCGGUCAGCGGGCCUUAACAGACUGCCAGCAGCACACUAACUCCUCCCCCUGCCCCUCCUCUUCCUCGCCCUCGUCGUCGGGGGUAACGACAGGAGGCGUGUCGUUGUCGUCAUCGUCGUCGUCGUCAUCGGGGACUGUGGCCAAGAGGAAGAGGAAGCGGUGCGGCGUGUGCGGGCCGUGCAGGCGGCUCAUCAACUGCGGCGUCUGCUCGUCCUGCCGCAACAGGAAGACGGGUCACCAGAUCUGCAAGUUCAGGAAGUGCGAGGAGCUGAAGAAGAAACCGGGAGGCGGCGUGCUGGAGCGGCCACCCUCCGUCCCAACUGGCGAGGCGUUUCGUUGGUUCUUCUAAUCUUUCCUCCAUAUUUGGAGUCAAAAGCUUGAGGGCCAUCGAGAAGACUCUCGCUAAAACGGACCACAACAAAAAGGGCCUGAAUUAAAUUCAGCUAAAACCACCGCAGCUUCAGGAUCCGGACCCGAAGCUUCCGAACAGGAUUUGAUUCUGUACAGAGGACAGAGAAACGCCCAAAAAUCCAACCUCAGCUGGACCAGGGAGCCCGCUGGAGGGAGGAGGAAGACGGGGGGGCAGUCUGGUCAGACAUUUACCUUCAUAUCGACUUAUCCUCAAUCAAUCAGGAAGACUAAAGUUUAGGCUUGAAGCAUGCUGGGAAACAAAAAAACUUAUGGGGCUUCAUCAGCACACUGUUAAACUCAUGAACAAAGUUGGACUUCUUAACCCGCGUCAGAAUUGGAUCAAGAAAGUAUGAUUUGUUGAAUUGGUAAUAUAUUUACACAAAAUAUGAUCAGUGGGCAUUACUAUCGAGUGUUUUUAAUUUUCAUAGCUAAAGUUUAGAAUGUGACUGUAUGAAGGCUCUUUCUGAAUUCACUCACUAUUCACCACUUAGAGCACUACAUGAAGCGUUUGACAUUUCUUUGGAGUCUCCGAAUCUACAAUUCCAGAGUCUUGAAAUUCUCCCAAAAGUCUCUGCAAAAAAGGAAUGUUCAUUGAUGCUCACUGGAUUGGCAAAUAUAGACCACAAUGCAUUGUGCUUGAACAAAAAAUGUUUUAAAUUAAUUUUGUAUAAACCAUCCAUCAGGAAACUAUGGAUCCAUAAACAGUCUUCGUAAAUUGUUCACAUCAUGUAUCCCGUUUGAAAAAAAGAAAACAAGAAAGCCUUAAGGAUGUGUUGACCGGAUUCGGUAGUCCCACGUUAUACAGUCUUUUACGGGUUAGGGACUAGUGAGGGAAUUCAGACACAAUCGAAAUGUCAAUUUGUUUUACUCAGAGAUGUUAGCAUGCUACUUCAACUAGCUGGCAUUAGCCCACUAAGUUAGCUCCAAGUUAGCAACUGUUCCGCUAAUUUGUUUGUUCAUUCAUGAAAAAGCAACCAACCACAUGACCAACAGUCAACGUCCAAACACAUGUCCACAUAACGUUGACCAAAAUCCUCAACCCGGCCAAUACUCCAACAUCACCACAGCAGUGCUUCUUCGGUCAAACCGGCUCCAUCUAAAUACCUAUGCCACCAGUGACAGACUUGCCUUCCUCCUCCUCUUCCUCCUCCCAGCCAACCACAAAGCCCACUGUAGCUAAACCAGGAAGAAUCAGGACUCAACCACAGACGGUUUCCGUUUGAACCAGAACCGCAGACCUCAACGAGGGAUUACAAACUGACCUCAACAGGAAGUGAUCCGAGACUGUUAACGUGGACCGCGACUUCCCCACAUCUGGACUACUACUACCACAUCACUGUUAUCCGUCUCUUCUGUCUACCUCCUCCUCAAGAACUUUUAAGGCACCUUGAUUGACUUUUUGGGCGGUGUUCACGAUGGUCUGACCCAGACUGCUUCUGAACCCUCUCCAUCUGAUCUCACUCGUGUGGAAUCUGGUUUCUGCUGUUGGUAGACUUCAUGAAGACUUUGAUUUCUCUGGAUUUCCAUGGAAAGUUCUCAGGGCUCAGUCACACCUCUGAUUUUAAACCAUGCAAAUCCGGCUUCAUCAGUGUUUUUGAAGUUUUGUUUUUUUUUACAAAAUGAUAAAUGAACAUCGCACUCAUCUCAGUUUGGUCAUGUGACUCCCUGAUCGGCACCUCACAGAGAGUUCAGAAGCAGUGUCCCAGUUCUUGUAUCAGUGCAUGUUCUACCACGCGGUGACCAGCAGGAGCCUCCAGCUGUGGUUGGAGGUCAGCAUGGAAACCUACAGGGAACCUCUGGAUCCCCGAGUUGAACUCUGGGGAAAAGAGGAACCAAACUAAACCCAAGAACAUUCCACAUUUCAACCAAGUCUUUUCCAACAUGUCUGCUGGUCAACUUUAACUUCAAAAAUACAAAUUUUCGCAGAGUGCACCGGUACCCUAACCUGCCACUGGUUCAGGUCCAGUACUGCGUCCUGUGCUGGGUUAGGAUUAGGGUAAUGGGUUCGGAUGCAGGUACCGGACGCGUCAUGAGGACCAAUCUGCACCCCAAGGAUUGAGCUUGAUUUUAAGAACAGGAAUGGAAAGGUGAUUCACCGAAGCCAGACCCUCAAGAGAUGCAUUUAAGUUAUUCAAAAUCAUUUCCAUGAAAGCAGAACAUAAUUGUUAACAGUAUUAACAGUAUUAAGAUAUUUAAUCUUAACAGUAUUAAGAUUUACAGACAAACCAGAAUUGUCAAUUUGGAAUUGCAAAUCAUAAUUUUUUGACGUGUUGGCUGUUCCCAUUAAAUCACGGGACCCCAACCUCUAAUUUGGAAUUGCAAAUUCCAAAUUGAUGGAAAAUACAAAUGUAUUUUUUUCUCCUAUCUUCAUAAGUUAAGAGAGGUGUUAACCCAUUAGCACCGGAACUUUAGCUCCAGUGUUUACAUCCUUUGGACUACCGAAACUCUUUGUUUACUCGAUCAACGUAAAUCAACUGAUACUGAUGCAGAGAAAAUCGACUUGUGGCCGACUUGUUGGUAGAUUGACUGGUUUCUUUGUAUCGAAUCCAGUGGAAUGCUAAUGCUAACUGCAUAAAUGCUAAUGGUGUAAAUGCUAAUUGCAUAAAUGGUCAAAGAGUUUUGAUUGUUCAAAGAGCAUGUGUUGUUUAUGUGUUAAAUGGUUAAAGGCCCUUCUCAUGGACGCUGGUUGAUGAUGAACCAAUGAAAACCGUGGAUACUACAAUCUAUUGUAUGGUACGCCCAGACAUGAAGGGUCACAGUCCGAGUGAGAAGUGAUACCAGGUGAACUUGGCCUAGUCCCACAAAUGUUCAGGUCAUAAACCAUGUUGACCUUUACUUUGAUUUGCUAAAGUUCUUUGCAGAUGAUACAAUUAUCUAACCAGGGCUGGAAAUGCUUGCCUGAACAGAACCGUUCUGAUCUGAACGUGAUGAAGCAGCUUAGAAACACUAAGAAAAACAACAAUGAUGAUGUUGUCAAUGAAGACAAGUGUCCAAAAUGUGGUUAUUCUUUUAGAGGUCGAUGAUGGUCCUUUGAUACUCGGUCAAUAGAUGUUGAUGAAGAAGAUGAAGGAUGCUCUCAGGUCCAUCAGCUGAUUGAACUAUUUUGACUCCACGCAUCCUCUGAGGUGAAGUUUCCUGCAGACAUGUUGGAAAUGUGUUUUUACAUUGACCGAUGUUUUUAUUUCGAGCGUCACGAGGAAAAUGUCGCCCCGCUUCCUUCCAGGAGCUGAAAACCCCGACGCCCCCUUCCUCCGAGGGCGAGGAGGAGCGGGAGGAGGAAGGGGACGUUUGCGUUGUGUGUCUGUCCGCCUCCUCGUGUAAUCUGUCUCUGUGACCUCUUCAUGUGCUGAAUUAUAAUAAAGCAUUUCAAAGGCG